AUGAACAGUUUUGAGCAACGAGGUAAAAAGCUAUAUGCUGCAAGUUUAGCUGCUGGCAACAUUUCGUUCCGAGAUACACCCAACAGCACUUCGCAGCGGAUGCGUGAUUCGCAAUUUACAUUGGGCUCCGUUGCAAGUGAAAAUCACAACAACAGCUCGUUCAGUUUUCAUGGGCGCCCAUUAGAUACCACAUCAAUGAAAAAAAGCGCAAGAACCAUGACUCAAUCACAUCACCCGCAACACUCUUCGGAUGACGAGGAUGAGGAUAGCGACUGGGAUUCCGAGCCCGAGUUGGAAAUGGCAACAGUACAAGAAGCCGCAAGACUCUCUCGACGUGUACCUUCGAUACGCAACAAUAGCAAAUCAAUGACGACCCAACAGCAGCACGUUCCCAUCACACAUCAAUCCAAGAGCAACGGUGGCGGAUCCUCCACCCCUUUUUACUGUCAGGAGAUUGGACCUCAGCUGGAUUUGGGCUACCAAUGGCCACAACAGCCGUUGCAUGAAACAAAGGGAUUUGUCAAGGUAUCUGCUGGUAAUACAUCUUCCAGACAGAGACGAGUCGAUCAAAUGCUACUGGCUCGACGUCAAAAGCAACACAGAAACUCGCUGCUAUCAAUGACAGUGAACCUCAAAGACACCUACAGUGCCAAAAAUCCUAAAUUUGCCUAUGAUCAAGAUAAGAUUCCUAAGCGAAUACUGACAAAGCCGAGCAAACCAUUCCGCAACGAGAUGAACGACAACGAAAAUUACGACUAUAUCUUGAAAGUGAAUGAAAUCUUGGGUCAUGAUCCUAACUAUCAAUAUCGUGUGAUUGAUUUGCUGGGGCAGGGUACAUUUGGACAGGUUGUCAAAUGUGAGCGUAUAUCUACAGGCGAGUUAUUCUCAGUCAAAGUGAUCAAGAACAAGAGCGCCUACAAGACGCAAAGCUGUAUGGAAAUUGAAAUUUUGAAAAAGUUGAACAAGCAGCUGGAUCCAGAUGACAAACACCAUAUCUUGAGAUUACACCAUAUAUUCUCGCACAAACACCAUCUCUGCUUGGUUUUCGAACUGCUUUCUUACAAUCUAUACGAUCUCAUUGGCCACAACCGAUACAAGGGAUUUGCACCCGAGAAAGUGAGAGCAUUUGCUGUACAGAUUUUAGAUACAUUGUGUUUGUUAAAAGAAGCCAAAAUCAUCCAUUGUGAUUUGAAACCCGAAAAUAUCUUGCUGGUGAGUGAAAAGUCAUUGACCAUCAAAGUGAUUGAUUUUGGAUCCUCAUGUCAUGAAGCCAAUCGAAUCUACACCUACAUUCAGUCCAGAUUUUACAGAUCACCCGAAGUCUUGCUGAACAUGCGAUAUACUGGAGCAAUCGAUAUGUGGUCUUUUGGCUGUAUCGUAGCUGAAUUAUUCUUAGGUUUGCCGUUGUUUCCUGGUAGUUCAGAGUAUAACCAGCUGUUUCGUAUCGUAGAAAUGCUUGGUGUUCCGUCAAAGGAUAUGCUAAGCAAAGGAAGAAAUACCAAGAAAUUUUUCAACAAGAAACAAAUUGGACCAGACAAUUAUGAAUACGAGCUAAAGUCAAGAGAGCAGUACAGCCAGGAAAACAACAAGAACGAAUUACCGAGAAAAAAGUACUUUCCUCAGACCAAGCUCAAAGAUAUCAUCAUGAUGUUCAACAAUGGCAAGCCAAGCCUGUCCAGGGAAGAGGAGAGAAGAAGAGCAGCAUCAGGGUCUAGCUACUAUCUGAACGAAGACGAAGAGAGGCAGAAAGAAAUCGAAGCAAGGCUGUGCAUUCUCGACUUUUUAUAUGGUGUGCUCGAGUUGAAUCCACUGAAACGAUGGACUCCUCAGCAGGCACUGCAGCAUCCGUUCAUCACUCAAAAGCCAUACACAGGCCCAUUCAAGCCUGAUGAUCAAAUCAAGUCCAUGUUGCCUAGUACCAGUAACUCGCUGGCAAACCUGGAUGUCACCAAUGACAAGCCUAGCGGCAGUCUUAGGUCCAACCGUAGAAGAGCUGAAUCCAUGGGCAAACCCACUGCUCCUGAACAGAUCCAAAUCAUUGCUAAAAAGAUACAAUCCCCCAUUAACAAAUACCCCAAAGAACAGAACCAUUCUCACCAACAGCAGCAGCAUGAAAGCUACUCCGAACAACCGCCUUCUGAUGCCUACAGACAACGUAACACUCGUUCUCAAGGCGACUACAUUGGCCUUUUACCACCUGAAGUGCCUAGCACCAAUGUUGUCAAGGAACGUAAAGUCAAGAUAUCGCAACAAAUCAAAGUCAGGACUGGAUCCCAUGAAUCGAUGCGAGUGCCUCCUACAGAUGGGCAGACAGUCAGAGGAGGUUUAGAUGGUGGAAAUCGUGCUGGCAGCAAAUACAAUGUGCGCAAAGCGCACGCUGGUGAAGCAGCGGGCGGAUUGUUGAUGAUGCGACGGGAUGACAGUGAUGACAGAGUGCCUCAAGCAUCCACAUCCACAACCAAACGCACCAUGGCAGGUGCUUUUAAACGUCGUAGCAAUAAUCAUGUAGUGAAACCGUGA